AUGGCAGCAGAGAAUCAAGACACAAUUGAAGAUUCGAUUAUCUGUUAUAUAUGUCAUAGAGUCUAUGAUGAUCCUCGAAUACUACCUUGCUCACAUACGUACUGCCGUAAAUGCUUAGAGGAAACUGCAUUGGCCAAUAAGGAUCAAUUCGAGUGUCCAUUGCAUGAAGGAUUUACCGUUUCAAAAAAUACAAUCGAAAGCUUACCAAUCAAUCGAAUUAUACGUCAUCUGAUUAACAUUUACGGUUCUCGUCAAAGUCCAAUCGAAUGUUCGAACUGUCAUUCCGCUGUAAGUGAGUAUCGAUGCGAUAAAUGCGAAAAUGAAACGUUCUGCUCUAAAUGUUAUCAAACUGUUCAUAAGCCACCUGUAAUGCAAAAGCACCAACAAAUGUCCGCGAAUGAAACAGCACUAAAGGUCAACUUCUGUACUUCACAUCGAGAUGAGAAAGUCAAAUACUGGUGUCUGACUUGUUCGCAAUUGCUUUGCACCGACUGCAUAUUGCUCGAACAUAAAGCACAUCAAUACAAUUUAAUACCGAAAAUGGUUCAAGAAUUGGAACUCAAGAUCACAAAUAAUUUAAACAAUAUUCAAAUGUUAGUUGACGAAAAACUAAAUCAAGCCAUUGAAUGCAUAAAUGAAUAUGGUAAUAUAGCUGACUCCUAUCGCAAACGAAUUCAGGAUACGAUGUCGUGUUUACGUCAGGCUAUCGAUGAACAUGAACAGGAUUUAUUAAAUCAAAUCCUAAUUGUAGAAAACGAACAAAAGAAUCAGAUGGAAGAAUACAAACUUCGAUGGAAAUAUGAACCAGAAAAUGUUCAGAUGCACAAGGCAAUGUUAGACAUGCUCUUACUAACAAAAAACUAUGCAAUCUUAUUAAAUGGUUCACAGGAAUUUGAGGAUUAUGUCACUAGAACGAACGAUGUAUUAAAACAAACGAGUAUACCCAUUGCAAGUUACUAUGAAUUGAUUGAACUUGAUCAGCUUGAGGCGAUUAAGAAAUACAUUUUUCACUGUGGACGAUAUGUAAAAACUAAUAACUGUCUGUUGGUAAGAUCAGCUUUGAAACAACAUUCAACACAAGAACAUUCAUCAGAUUCAACUGUGCCAGACAUUCAUGUAGCAUUAGUUGAACUGACAAGCAAUGAAUAUCCGAAUGUUAUGUAUUUACCUAAACAACAACGACAAAAGCGACUUUGCCGUAAAUAG